AUGGCCGCGAAGCACAUAUUGCGAGUGCGAAGGACCGAUGUGGACGAAGCCACUCCCGCUUACGCACUGCUCGCCGUGGAGCCCGCCGGUCCCGAGCCGCUCGACGUCAAGCUUGUUGGCACCGAGGGCGAGAGCGUCUUCGCGGCUUCAGUUCGCGGGGCUCAAAUCCGGAAUUUUCGUGACCGCAGGUCCAAAACGGGCGACGAUCAUGAGUGGGAAUCAAUACUGCGUAGCAGCCUCCUGCUACGGCCGACCGCCGGGGAUGACGCGAAGCUGCUCGAGAACGUGGAGAUCGUCGCGUCUGUGAGCGAUCAGCACUUGAACCUCACGGUGCGGAAGAACAUCCAGGGGAUAACGCAACGGCUGGGCGUGAUCCCACUGGCGGAGGAUUGCGACACGGAGAUUGAAUUCUUUGAAUGGACCGCGAUCGCCGUCGAGACCGCGUCCGCCGCUCGUGACGGGGCUUGCGAGCUCCGGAACAAGCAUGAGGCGCAGCAGGUCACAAUCAACAAACUCAAAUCCCAGCUCGACGAAUUGAUCCAGUCCAAAAACGACCAUGAGAAGGCGCUCCUCGCAAAGUUCCAGGACCUUCUGAAUGCGAAGAAGCUCAAAAUCAGGGACCAGCAGCGGCUGCUCGCAGGCGCAAAGGUGGACCCUGCCGUAGCGGCCGCGGUUGACCAGGCCAGGGACACGAAGAGGGAUACACGGCCCCGCAAGGCCGGGCCCUCCCGGGCUUCGAAGCGCAAAGCAACCAUGGAAACGCCCGUCAUUGACUCCGAGUCAGAGCUCGAUAGACCCUCACGCAUGGACGUGGACGAUGACGACGCUGCAGCUAAGUUGGAAGGGGAUGAGGAGAUCGCGGAACCUGCCACCCCAGAGGGCUCUGACUCUGACCUCGAGACGACUGAGGAUGAAGAUGACGACGACCUCGACGCAAUACCCGCCGCCGGCCCGGCUGAAGCUGGUCCAGGCUCUAGAGACAAAGCAACUGAGACAGCGACACAAAGUCAGAGCUCACAGCGCCAGAAAAGUCCGGAGGCGCCGCCACCACGCAGGGAACUGCCUUUCAUCAGGGACCAGGGCGGACAGCCGCGCAACGGGAUCGUCAAGAAAACACCGGCAAGGGCAGUACAAGAUGACGACGAGACAACGACGACGGAUGAUGAUGACGAUGAACUCUGA